CGCCAUCUUGAAAAACAGUAAAAAUAUUUGCAAAUAUAUUUCAAAUGUUUUGACAAUAUUUCAAUUCCACGAUGUUCACUUAUGUAUGAGAACGUAACAUUUUACUAAGCAAUAAUAUGAAGAAAUGUUUGACGUAUAUCUUCCAGAGUUAGUUAUCAAGUCAAUCUACGAACUUGCACCAAAUUUAGCACUCAGAAUUUCUGUUCAUGGCGGUGACGAAGCGGCAAAAGUUGAAACAACUUAUAAUGUUCACAAGUUGGCUGAUGGUUCUGCAUCUCUUCAAAUAACUGGACAGGAACAAUCGACAGGAACACAAACUGACUUUACUGAAACUCAUAAGAGAAAGUAUGACUCGGAUGACAUAUUCGCUGUUCCAGAAUUUCAAGUUAAAAAGGGUCGUGGGAGACCUCGGAAAGAGGCACAGACAUCUGAAAGUAACAAUCAAGAUAAAGUUAGCAGAGGGCGUGGUAGACCAAGAAAAGAGCAAUCAUCGCCUGAUGAUAAACCUCAGAUUAAACGAGGUCCAGGGAGACCUAAGAAGGAUGAACAGAGUGUUGAAUCCCCAAGAAUUAAAGACAUAGACCAAGAUUUUUUUAGCAACCUUGAUGAAAGUACGAGCCAAGAUGGUUUUCGCCGAUCAUCACGAUCUAGGAAGCCUAGCGCUAAGGUAUUGGACUCCGUCCCUAACUGCAAAUUCUGCGCUGAAAGGUUUACCUCUGGGAAGGAAGCCCUGGGGCAUCUGUACAUGUCACAUAAAGAUGAGCCUCCUGCCGAUUUGAGAAGGGGCAUUGAUGAGAUUUGCUUGAGAACAGGCUUAACUCCAAAUGCACUUCAAGAGGAGGAGGAAGCACCAGGCACUGAUAACCCAGGUUCCAAUCAAACAGAGCAGACCACUGAUGAAGAAAUUAAAACCAUACCUCUAACGCUUCCGACAAAGCUCCAGUACUUAGCUAGUGUGACAUUUAUUCCUGAACACACAAAACAGUGCCCUUUGUGCUGCCUGUGGUACCCAAACCCACGUGAAAUUCUCUCCCAUCUUGAGGUGAAACAUGCGAAUGAUGUCAAUAAAGAGGAGGCAGUUGGCAAAAUUAAGGAGACUUAUGGCUACCCAUGUGAUAUGUGUAUGGCCUGGUUGCAUUCUAAAGAAGACCUGGAAAAACAUGUUGACGUCAUACAUACAGUCACAAGAGAGGAGCUUAGUCGACAAGGACAUCUAUUGGUCUUGGACAGCCUGGGAACUGAUGAAAUACCAGGGAGUCUGCAAGUGUCUGAGUACCAGUGUAAGAUGUGUCUAAACCGCCUUGAUGAUUGGCUCAGUCUUUCACAGCAUAUUAUAGCUGAACAUGGACCUGAAAUGUCACAAGCCCCUGCUCCCCCAGACACUCAAGAGACUAGCCAAGACACACCAAUAAACAAUCAAGACACACCAAAUAGUAACCAAGAAGUGCAUGGUACAAUUCAGGAAUUAUCUGGCACUAAUCAAGAAGUACUUGGUACUAAUCAAGAAGUACUUGGUACUAAUCAAGAAGUACUUGGCACUAAUCAAGAAGUUGUUGGCACUAAUCAAGAAGUAAUUGGCACUAAUCAAAAAGUAUCUAGUUCUGUUUCUGUUGUAGUAGUACAAGAAGCUACUGAAGACAUAAGUGCCAAUAAAGACACACCCAUUAAUAAUGAUGACACUCCAUGUACAACAGAUGACACACCAGUCACUAACAAAGACACACCAGAUCAUUCUCAGAGGAUCAUCUUAAGUACAGAUGCACUUAAUCUCAUUAAGCAGGAAGUAGAGAAAUGUAUGCAGCAACCAUUAUGGGACUUAGAUCCAAUGUCCCAGUACUCCCAUUGUUUAUUCUGUAAUGUUUGCUAUGAGAAGAGAACUGAUCUCUACACGCACAUGCAAGUGAAUCACAAGAAACACCCAAUGUACAAGAGCCUCAUAGAAGAGGCGAUGAACACGGAUGACAUGAAGUUGUUGGAUAGACUUGGGUACAGUCGACGUCCACGUAAUUGGGCUCCCGGAGAUUCCCUUAACCUAUCCUGUAAGCUCUGUCGUAAGACUGGCAUUAAGAGUUAUGUGGUCCUACGUACACAUGUGAAGCGUAGACAUAAGAAGAGUGCAAAGAAGAAAGAAUACUUGAUGGAGAUCAGAGAGUUUAGUAAGGUCCAAUGUAUAGAUUGUGGCAAGUUCUACAGUGGCAGGCAUGAGCUGAUGAUGCAUAGAAAGAAUGUACACACUCUGAUAUCACCAGAAGAAGCCAUUCAGAAAACACAGACCUGUCCUAUAUGCUUCAAUAUAUACAAGAACAAGCACUGCCUUAAAGGACACAUGGCGUCAGUCCACUCCAAAAUAAAACAUGUGUGUGAUAUAUGUGGGGGAACCUUCAAAAACAAGUCUAUCCUCACCAGCCAUGUUAACUAUGUGCAUCUCAAGAAUAUGAUUGAGACCUGCAAAGUCUGUGGCAAGAGAAUUCCCAAGAGACGUAUGAAAAUGCACCUUGAGACCCAUACCAACAACUUCAGGUUCUAUUGUGAGCAUUGUCACAAAGGCUUCCAUGAGAAAGCUAACUGUCAUCGCCAUGUGAGGCUUGUUCAUGACAGGAACCAACUCACCUAUCUCAAAUGUGACCAAUGUCCUAAACAGUUUACAACAAUCUCCAACCUUCGUCAACAUCGACAGACUGUGCAUGGGCAAGGUGUGUUCAAAUGUGGCUACUGCCAGGAGACUUUACUCAGUAGGUCAAAGAUGAGGAACCACAUUCAGAGAGUACACGCAACAGAGAUUGUCAAUUCUAGUGAUCUAGAUAAGAUGGAGACCAAUAUCCCAAUGGUUCAGUCGCAAGUGGUAUCAGACCAGACCACAGCUGCAAUAACUCUAGCAGCUCUACAGGAGGCUGUUGGUGCCAACAAUGUACAUGUUGAUAACAUGGAUGGGGUAGAUGUGGGAGGGCUACAUCAGCUUGAGAUAGAGGGGACUGAAGGUGGCAAAACUAUUGUGUACUGCACUACUGAUGGUUCUAUAGAGACACAAGUCCCUGUCCCUGCACCAGUGGAGCAAGAACUAAUCUCACACCCAGUGUUAGGUGAUACACUAGAAGGAGAGGAAUCUGGCCAGUUUGAGACAAUUGUUAUGCAGAACCCUGACACUGGUGAGGAGCUAGUAGAACAGGCGGUUUAUUACGUGGUAGCCAAUGGAGAGGGUGGACAGGAAUUUGUACAGGUUCAGGAUGGUAGUGUGGAUAUGGUACAGAAACAAGACAUUGUGGAAUAGAAUGUUACUCAUGUUCAUGAUAUCAGUACACCUAAGGAAGAAGAACAGGCAUUAUGAGACACACAACAUGUUGAUAUUACAUGGUGAACAACCGAAAAGAAUGUCAUCCAUGCAUUUGAGAUUAUUGUUGAUUUGAAAAUGCAAAAUAAAUAAGUGCUGGGGUGAAAAGUCAGUCCAUCUCAAUGGGGACUGUUAUAGGCUGUAAAUGUAUGUUGAUAAACAGACUUUAAGGCAAGCUCCAAAUAUUGCCAAAUCUGUUAAGCAUUAUUGUAUAUUGAUUGUUAUUUCAAAAUAACCAAAUUUAAAACUCUAUCAUGAGUUGGGUCCAAGAAUACAGUAACUCUAUGAUGAACUGUGCUCCCAGUAAUUUUGGUGUUUUAAGAAGUAAAAAAUCUGCAAAAAUUUGGCAUCAAAAAAUUUGGCAUCAAAUCUCUGGACCCCACUUAUAUCAUCUCCAGAGGGAGAUAUGUAAUGGGGGUACAAGAACUAUGACAUUGUAGCAUCACGCAAUAUUCAUUUUUGUGAUAAUAUAAUGUUAUUACGCUAUUCUGGUAGUUCAUUGUAAUAAUGUUUAGUUAAAAACAGUCUGAAGAAAAAACAGUCUGAAAAUUACAAUAUUUACAACAAUGAAGAGUUGUAGUAUAGUACUGUAGUAACAGAAUAAGGAUAGUUUCUCAAAAUGAUGCAAUAACUGCAUGUCCUAUUUUGAAUUAUUUAAUAUCUUGUUAUUUAUAGUUGACUACUGUAGAUACCCUUAUUUUGA